AAAAAUCCCUCAAAAUAAAAUCAAUCAAGGGUUCCCAAAAUCGCCUAAACUCUUCUCAAAUCUCCCACCAUCAUCGUCGUCGAUGGCGCAUCGUCUGCUAAGGGACGCUCAGGCCGACGGAUGGGAGCGCUCCGAUUUCCCCAUCAUCUGCGAGUCCUGCCUCGGCGACAACCCCUACGUUCGAAUGACGAGGGCGGUGUACGAUAAGGAGUGCAAGAUCUGCACGAGGCCGUUCACGGUGUUCCGGUGGCGGCCGGGGCGAGACGCGAGGUACAAGAAGACGGAGCUGUGCCAGACUUGCAGCAAGCUCAAGAAUGUUUGCCAGGUCUGCUUGCUUGAUCUCGAGUACGGGCUCCCGGUUCAGGUUCGGGACACGGCGCUGUCGAUCAACUCGAAUGACUCGAUCCCGAAGAGCGAUGUGAACCGGGAGUACUUUGCUGAGGAGCACGAUCGCAGGGCUAGAGCUGGCAUAGAUUAUGAGUCAUCAUAUGGAAAGCAACGUCCGAAUGACACAAUCUUAAAACUUCAGAGGACAACACCAUAUUACAAGAGAAAUCGAGCCCAUGUUUGUAGUUUCUACGUUCGUGGUGAAUGCACCCGAGGGGCUGAAUGUCCAUAUCGACAUGAGAUGCCUGAAACUGGGGAAUUAGCCCAGCAGAAUAUAAAGGAUCGGUAUUAUGGUAUCAAUGACCCAGUUGCUCUCAAACUACUCAACAAAGCAGGUGAGAUGCCAACCCUAGCCCCUCCGGAUGACGAAAGCAUAAAAACACUUUAUGUCGGCGGCCUCGAUGCAAGAAUCUCGGAGCAAGACCUCAGGGACCACUUCUACGCUCAGGGAGAGAUUGAGUCCAUCCGUAUGGUCCUCCAGCGUGCCUGCGCCUUUGUCACCUACACCACCCGUGAAGCUGCCGAAAAAGCUGCUGAAGAGCUGUCCAACAAGCUCGUAAUAAAAGGCCUCCGCCUCAAACUGAUGUGGGGAAAACCUCAAGCCCCAAAACCUGAGGAGGAGACAUCAACAGACCAGGGGCUUGUGGCUCAUGCAGGAUUGCUACCUAGAGCUGUGAUUUCCCAGCAGCAGGUCAGCGAUCAGCAGCAGUCUCAGGCUCAGCCUCAGCCUCAGCCUCCAGGGACUCAGUAUUAUUUCAACAUCCCGCCACCAGAGAGAACGUUUUACCCGUCGAUGGACCCACAAAGAAUGGGGGCUUUGGUUCCCAAUUCGCAGGAGGGCAGCAGCGGCAGCGGCAGCAGCACAGAGAGGCAGUCCUCGAAUCCUGGAGCACCUCCGCCAUAUCUACAGGGACAAUAUCCGCCUUAUUAUCCGCCACAUUAUGGUUGGCCAGCUCCACCUGCUUAUAAUCAGCAGCAUCGACCGCCUUAUCAGCAGGCAAUGGCUCCUCCACAGCCACCGCAGCAGCAGUAUCAAGGUCCAAGCGCUUCAGCUGCGCCAAGUUCGUCAGGUCCUUCCUCUUAAUAUAGUAUGUAUUGUGCUUGUACUUGAUUGAUACAAGGCGUGUUGGAGUAGUAAUUGGAUGUUUCGGAUGUUUUAAAUUUUGAAUUAUCAUGCAUUGUUCUAAGUACUUGUUUUCGCAAUCAAAGAUAUGGUUAUACA